GAAAAUAUCGAAAUACCUAGACCGGGGUUCAAAAGAAUUUGCGAUUUCGGCAUUACUUCUUUCAGCGUGUGUUUUGUUUGUUAAAUCGCUUAGCCGCCAAUAUUGGGGCGCAAAAUUUCCGUAGUGUAGGCCAAAAGAAGUAAGUGUCGCAAACGGCAAAUAGCAAACAGCAGCAUUAGCAUAAUUGCAUAGCCGCCUCAGUUAGCGCUUUUGUGUGUACAGUGUGUUGUCAUCGUGUUUGUUUGAAAGCAUCGGCAAAAGUCUUAUACAGCAGAAAAGGCGGCAAAAAAAUAAGAGAAGCGAGGAGACAAAAAAGACUGCAAAAAAAAAACGACAACAAAAAAAUUGCAACGGCAAACAUAAUUAUUUUGCAAUGCAUUGAACGUGAAGUCGUCGCGUUGCUCCAAAAACACCGACACUCCGAAAACGCAUACAACAAAGCGGCAAAGCGAAACGGCACCAGCGUCUCUUUUUGCAACGUUUUUUUUUUUGUUAUUUUGUUUUUGGAUCAAGCCCGGGAACAGGAAUAAACUGCAAUUCAGGACUUGCCUCUCAUCGAUUAAGAGGAAAAUAAAGGGCAUUUUGUGCGCGCGACGCAAUUAACCGACAGCACUUGAAAGUAUGCUACACAAAUCUGUUCCAACUUGUUACUGCAAAACCAACAACAACAACAACGAGAGCAGCCCUCCCACGCAACCAAAUAUUAUAUUGACUGCAUAGAUCCAACAACAACAAUAAGAACAACAACUAGCAACAGACAGGAGUCGUUAAAAAAAAAGGCAAGAAAAUAAAUAAUAAUAAAAAAAAAAGAAGCUACCAGGAAACUGAAAUCCGAACUGGAAUAUAUAGAAACUUCUACAACAAAAUACAACAACAAAACAGUAAAGCUGUUACUCCUAACGGUAAACGGAGCCAACAACGGCAAUUACAACACAAAGAUGGCGUCCUCGCCGACACCAUCUCUGGACUCGAUGCGGGGCGGGGCGAACUCCAUAGAAUCGUACGAACACGCCGGCUACCUAUCAGACUCCCCGCUCACCCUGAGCGGCUCAUCGCCACCGGCCAGCGAUUCGGCGAUCUGCAGCGACGAGUACACCGGCGGCGGCAGUAGCAGCGUCAAAUCCCGUUCGGAUGUGACUGUCAUUAACGGACAUCAUCCCAUUUCGGCCUCGGUGUCGUCCAGUUCAUCGGCCAGCUCCUCAUCCUGCUCGUCCUCAUCAUCAUCAUCAUCGUCAUCGUCCUCUUCGUCCUCAUCCUCGUCCAGCUCCUCCACCAGUGGUCUGAGUGGAUGUGGCAGCACCAGCAGCAGUGUCAUCAGCGCCAAUAAUGUGACCAGCAACGGACCCGGCGUCAUCGGUCAAGGAUCCAAUAACAACAACAACAACAGUGGCAGCAACUCCGGGAUUAGUAGUCUGGUGGUGGGUGCCGGGAAGGGUGGCAGCAGCAGCUCCUCCAGCUCGUCCAGCAACUCAUCGGCCAUUGGUUCGCCGCCAAGGUGCACCGCCUGCAAGAGCAAGUGCAGCGAUGCGGUGGCCAAGUGCUUCGACUGUCAGAGCUAUCUCUGUGCCAACUGUGUCACAGCCCAUGAGUUCAUGCACUGUUUCCACGGGCACAAUGUCUGCCUGAUCAAGGGAUUCGAGGCGAGCUCGACUGGCACUCCUCUGUCGGUGGGAUCACCCAGCAGUAACCCUGGUUCGAAUGAUAGCUUCAAGUAUGCCAGCUCCCUGACCAUGAUGCUGCAACAGCAACAGCAACUGGACUCGCAGCAACAGCAGCAACAGUUGCUGCCCUCACAGCCGAUGUCACAGCUCUCGAAGAUCGUCCUGGCAGCAGCCGCCCAGGCCAACAACCAGGAGCAGCAGCAGCAGCAGCAGCGGGAGGAUAAUCUCUUUGGGUCACUCCACCAGCAACAGCAGCAACAGCAACAGCAGCAGCAGAGGCAGUUGUUCUGCCCGAGACACAAACAGGAGCUGUUGAAGUUCAGCUGCCGCACCUGCUGUGUCCUGGUGUGCAAGGAGUGCAUCGUCCAGGAGCACUCCACCGGCCUCCAUGAGCUGGAGAAUGUUCAGUCCCCGGGAAUGACCUCCACGGCGGGUUCCACCGCCAAUGAGACGGCUCUCCAGACCCUGCUGGCCGAUAUGCGCGGCAAGAUUGGCGAGAUUGUGGCCAUUUCUGGGAACUCGGAGCAGAACCUCACCAAGGUGAAGCUGCAGUACCAGAAGGCCCACAACGAACUGAACGAGACGUACCAGUUCUUUGCCUCCAUGCUGGACGAGCGCAAGACCGAGCUGCUCAAGGAACUGGAGUCCGUGUACUCCGCCAAGGUCAGCACCAAUAGUGCGUGGCAGCAGAGAUCCCGGGAGCUGAUCGACAAGGGUCUGACCACCUGUGAAGCGGUGGAGAGGAGCCCGGCACCUCCGCCAUCCCUCCUCGCCGAGGCCCUGCUCCUGCGCAAGUCCCUGGAGCAGCAACUCCAAACUGGCAUCCAGGACAUGCAGCUGCCCUUCGAGAUGGAGUUCAUGUCCAACUAUCAGUCGAUUCAGGCCGGUGUCCGCAACACCUUCGGCUACAUCCGGGCCAGUAGCUCCGAUGGUGGUCACUCCACCCUGAGCCUCACCAGCAACGGACAUGGAAAGCAGCCACCGAUCGCCCGGCCCACCCAGAGCGCCAGCAACAGCAGCGCCAGCAGCGUCGGCAGUGGUCCCCAUGGCCACCAUCAGUCGCACAGCAGCCACCACCAGAGCCAUCAUCUGCACCACCAGACCUCCCAGCACCAGCAGCUGCAGGCGCAGUCCUCCCUCCACGGCCUCGGUCUGGGACUCUUGGACAGCACCUCCAACGGCGCCGGAUCGGCUGGUUUCGGGAACGGAGGCAGUCUCCUGCUGAGUGGACGGGAGCGGAAUGCCCUCGGGGUGGAGCAGCACUUUGGCGAGCUCAUCCCCAAGCGGGGAGCUGGAGGCUUCAGCAGCAGCAAUGGUGCCGGCACCGUGGCCCACUACAAUCCCUACGAGAAGUGGAGCAACGGCGGCAGCGACAAUCUCUUCUCCUCGGUGACUGGAAGUGGAGCCGGUAGCUCCGCCGUGGUGGAUGCCUUCGCCAGCCAGCUAUCCAGUCUGUCCUCUGUAGGAGGCACUGUGGUCAGUGGCGGUGGAGCUGGUGGCAAUGCUGUCAGCUCGGAGUCACUGCUGGACCUCACCAACAAGCUGCUCUCGGCCACCAUCUACCCGCCCAAGUCGCAGAUCAAGCGCCAGAAGAUGAUCUACCACUGCAAGUUCGGGGAGUUUGGCGUCAUGGAGGGCCAGUUCACGGAGCCCAGUGGUGUGGCAGUGAAUGCCCAGAACGACAUCAUCGUGGCGGAUACGAACAAUCAUCGCAUCCAGAUCUUCGACAAGGAGGGACGUUUCAAGUUCCAGUUCGGGGAGUGCGGCAAGAGGGAUUCCCAGCUGUUGUACCCCAACCGGGUGGCCGUCGUCCGUAAUUCCGGAGACAUCAUUGUGACGGAGAGAUCACCAACACACCAGAUCCAGAUCUAUAAUCAGUAUGGGCAGUUUGUCCGCAAGUUCGGAGCCACCAUCCUGCAGCAUCCGAGGGGAGUGACGGUCGAUAACAAGGGCAGGAUCAUAGUGGUGGAGUGCAAGGUGAUGCGGGUGAUCAUCUUCGAUCAGAAUGGCAAUGUGCUGCACAAGUUCGGAUGCUCGAAGCAUCUGGAGUUCCCCAACGGGGUGGUGGUCAACGACAAGCAGGAGAUCUUCAUUAGCGACAAUCGGGCGCACUGCGUCAAGGUGUUCAACUACGAGGGCCAGUACCUCCGUCAGAUCGGCGGCGAGGGCAUCACCAAUUAUCCCAUCGGAGUUGGGAUCAACUCGAAUGGAGAGAUCCUCAUCGCGGAUAACCAUAAUAACUUCAAUCUGACGAUCUUCACGCAGGACGGUCAGCUGAUAUCGGCCCUGGAGUCGAAGGUGAAGCACGCCCAGUGCUUCGAUGUGGCGCUCAUGGAUGAUGGCAGUGUGGUGCUGGCCAGCAAGGACUACCGUCUCUACAUCUACCGUUAUGUCCAACUGGCACCAGUGGUAAUGCACAAAUUGCACAGCAACAUCAUUGACAAGAGCAACUUGGCAGACAGAAUACAGCAACAUUUCAUUUGAGAAACUAUUAACACACAACUUGCAUAUAUCAAUCACGAAACAUUCCCCAUUAACACUUCUAUUAUGUUAAAUUUGUUGUUUGAAGGAAAGAAAAAAAAAAAAGAAACUAACAAUUGAAUAAUGAGAGGAUUUUAUAGAAAUGUGCAAGUUAUCCAAUCCCUAAACGAGCUAUGACUUUUCAAGUCUUUAUUUAUUAUUUUAUUUGGAAUGUCCUUUUUUGCAAGGCCCCACGUUGGACGCCAAUUACUCAACCGAAUAUAACGGUAUAUUUUGGUAUUUUAAACUCUUAAUUGAGAUCGAUUAUGGAUUCGAUAACUUGCAUUCAUUUCAAUAUAUGGUAUUGUAAAGGCAUGGAAAGGUUUACGUUAUGCAAUUAUUUUAAAUCAAUUUCGGGACUCAAAAAAUUUUAUAACUAUUAAUAUAUUUGCAUCUAGUGUAAAUGAGUCUCUACGGUCGAACCGCACACAAUCUAACACAAAAAAAAACAAACACAUUAAAAACAAAACAAAUUAACGUUGCUAAAUCAUUUGAAAUAUGCAUAAAUGUUAGCUCAUCUUAAUCAUAAUCAUGCAUUCGAUAUAGAUUUUAGUAUUUAUAAAGCUAUAUAGUGCAACUAAGCCGAUCAUGGAAUCAUCAUCUAGUCAUCAUGCAUACAUAUAUGUAUUUUUAUAAUUAUUAAUAUUAAAAAAGUAAAAAAAAAAAAUGAAAAAAAAUAUUAAGUAAACGAAACCGAAAAGAACACCAAUCUAAUGUUAAAUGUCGUUAUAAUUAAGUUUUCUUUAUAUACACAUAUAUAUUAUGUUUUAGCUAACGGUUUAAACAAAUAUUGUUUUAAAGAACUCAUUUUUUAAUGUCCCCCAGAAAUACGAAUUUUGAAUUUCUCUACUAAAGCCAAGUUGAAUUUGAAAAAAAAAAACAUUGAAAUAAAAUAAUAAGAAAAAAGAGUAUACAGGGUGUUGCUUCAAUGGCUUUUUUAAUAUCAUAGUCAUAUGAAAAUGAAUAUUUUAUCUUUUUAAAAUAAUAUGUUUUGUCUAUGGUUAAUUGUUUACACAAUACGUUCAGUUACAACUCGUAUAUUUCGCUCAAAUUUUGUUUUAAAGUUAAGAGAAAAUCACAAAACCGAAAAAAAAUGUUAAAGAAAAAGGACAAGAAAGUGUGGAAAAAUAUGGACUGACAAGCAAAUAACGUAUAUCAUUGAGGGUUGGCAUUUUUAAACUUUACAUAUAUAAUAUAUAUAUAUAUAUUUAAAUAUAUAUAAUACAUGUAGACUUUGUCAGGCAAGCCAUUCUCAGCUGUUUCGAACGAGGAAAUUGUUAACAUUUUUUUGUGUUGAAAUGAAAAUGAAAAUGAAAAAUAUAUACACGCCCACCAAGUGCAUACUAUAUGCUAUUUACUGUUUCUAAUAUGCAUACAAAGAUUUAACCACAGUACAUGAACAAAAAUAAAUACUUAGAAUUUGGUUAUAGUUGGUAACUGACUCAACCUACUGCCAGGAUCAGCUCAGCUCCUCUCAGACACACUCCCUGCAUUCAGACCAGACACUCACUCAGUCAUCUCUCAGCCAUUCAGUCUGUCAUUCAUUCAUUAUCAUACAAACACUCAAUCAAUCAUACCGAUCCUACCCACGAAUCAAGCACAGUUAGAGAUCUAAAUCCAAUAUCGCAUUUAACUUGAAUGUUUUUUAUACUUUAAACUACGAGCAAGGUUUUUUUUAAUUCGUAUUAAAUUUGAACUCGAUAAGAAGAGAAGGAACAAAGCAAAUAAAAUUGUAAUCAUAAUCGUAACUAAAUCGAAUACGAUGUAAUUGAAUGUGAACGUUAUUAACUCAUUAACUAUUAUUAUUAACUACGAUUCCAACUGUAUGCGCAUUUUAUAUACAUAUAUAAAAACAAUUAAGGCAAAGACAAGAUUAAAAACUCAUUAAUGUAAUGUGUAAGCGAAGAGAUGGUACUUACAGUAAAUUAAAUAUAAAUAUUUUUAUACAUGUGGAAAAAAAUUGAACAAGAAAAAUUAUGAUAAUUUAUUAAACGCUGCAAUUUGAUAGAGUGACAAGUUCUGGAACACAUGAUAUAUGAAUUUGAUAUAACAGAUUUUGAAUUCUACUAAAAAAAAAAUCAUAAUUGAAAAAAAAAGCAAAACAUCUGCAAGAACUUGAAUAAUAAAAUGAAAUGAAAGUCUUUUUAAUGCUUAGGGGCCACAAUUUUCGAAGUAAUUAAAAAAAAAAUGAAGAAAAACAAAAACAUGAAAUUAUUAUUAUAUUACAAUACGGUAUUAAUUAACAUUUAAAAAAUGUUGUGUAACAUUAAUAUUAAACCAAACAACCAACAAGAACAACCAGCAACAACAAUUGUAUUGUAAGAAUUUCUAUUUCCAUUAAAACACAAUAAAAUUAUUUUGUUUUUAAAUAAAUAAAUGAGUGAUUUAUUUUUGUGGGAAAAAAAACCAAGGAUUUAAGGAUAUACUACUCGGAAUGGUUUUAAUUUGGAUAUAACAUUUUAUAAUUUUGAUGAAAUUGAGUCUGCUGGAACAUCCACGACCGCAGUUAACCAAAUUUGGCCACUGACUGCUGGGGGGGAAGAGAUUACUGCAUUGAUCCUCCGGGUUUGAGGAUUAAGAUCCCCAAAGGUGGUGCCCAGGAUGCUUGUGGGUGGGUCACAGCAACUUCCGGGAUCAAAGUACAUCGUUGCGAUCGGUAAUGAGAUCAUGGAUGUUGACACUAAAAUUUCCCGGUCGUUGCGUGUCUCCCAUACCGAAAGCGAGUCUUUAUGCUUCCGUGACCUCAACGUAACCAACCGGAACACCCAGAAUGCCAAUUUUUCGGGUUAAGAUUGUUGCACCCGGGCCUGUGCUGCAGUUGACCCAAAAGUUGGUGCACUGGAUGCUCGUAGGAGGAUCACAGGUUAACAACAUGGCCCGCAGAAACAGCCAGGAACGCAAAUUUUGCGGGUGCAAGGUAUAGCAGCCGUGCCCGUCCAGCAGUUGAAGCAAAAGUUGGUACACUGAAUGCAUGUGGGAAGAUUACAGCAGCCUCCGGGAUUGCAGCACAUCGUGGCGAUCGGUUAUGAGAUCACUGAAGUUGAAAUCAAAAUAUCCCGAAUGGAGCGAGUCUUCCGAUCCAACAGCGAGCUUGAUGUUC